AGAAACUCCUGUUCUCUCUCUCUCUCUCCAGAACUCGGGAUUUGGCGAGCACCUGUAAUGGCGGAAGAAUCAGAAACUCGGGUCUCAAACCCUCCACCCUCUUCGCUACCCAAGUCAUCUGAAGAAAAUCUCAAGCAGUCUCAGUCUCAGGUACCUGCAUUUCCUUUUUUCCCUGCUUUUCCCAAUGGUGAACUUCAGAUGUAUCCAAUCAUGUACCCUGCACUUGCCCCAGGGUUAAUCCCUGUGCAGAACCAGGAACACAGUAAUCGUGGUGCUGGCAUAUAUGCUGUUCCUGUUCUUCCAUUCAUGGGGCCAAUGUCUGGAAUUCCAACCAACACUCUUAUUCCCCUUACCUACAGUCUACCAACAAGGACAGCUGCUCCUGAGGGUGGAGCAGUCAAUGAUGAACAUGGCCAAGACGUUCGGCAACAGCAUGCCCCACAAAGACAAGUUGUUGUAAGGAGAUUUCAGUUUGCAUUUCAGAUUGACUUGUUGCUCAUACUGAAGCUGUUAGCUGUUAUUUUCGUGUUCAACCAAGAUGGAUCAAGACAAAGACUCAUUCUUCUUCUCUUUUUUGCUUUAGUCGUGUAUCUAUACCAGACUGGGGCUCUUACACCACUGAUACGGUGGCUUUCACAAGGCAUGCAGAGGCCAGUAGCACCUCCACAACCACGACCUGGAGUCAGAGCUGAGAAUGGCCCUGCUCCUGCUAGGCCGGAGGAUGAGAAUGCUGCUCCAGGAGAGGCACAACCUGGAGUCGGAGAUGACCUUCAGCAUGAGGAUGACGCUAAUCAACAAGUUGAAAAUGAGAAUCGGCCAGAACCUGGUGCAGGGAAUGGUGUCAACUGGUUGGGGAUAGCAAAGGAGAUCCAAAUGAUUGUUGUUGGAUUUAUCACUUCUCUUCUUCCAGGGUUUCACAACGUUGAUUAGCAAUCUGUACUGUCACCAACUUACCGAGUUAAGGGAAUAUCACUUGUAAUCUUCUAUGCUUGAAAUCCUUAUACCAUCUUCGGAAUGAUUCGUUAUUUUCUCCCUGCCCCCUUUUUUCUUCUUUCUUUCUUUUUUUAUUUUUUAUUUUUGAGGGUUGGGGGCGUGGAGGUGGUUAACGAUGUGCAACAAAAAUAGUAAUUAUGAUUAGUUUAAUUUAAUCCAA